AAUUACCUCUGGGUUGCUGUGGAUAUAAGAAGGUGGUUGGACAUUUUCAUCGUUGUCCACUAUAAAGUUUGAUCUGUUUAUGGUUGUUUAUCUAAGUUUAGUUUAGUGAGUAGUGACUGGACAACACUUACAAGUCACGGGCCCCGUCCCGCUUUCUUAUUGGUUAAUUCACGCUCAUCGCAUUAGAUGACUUUCUGUGUUGACAAGAUAGCUUCCUGCCUUAAGAUCACCCAUGACACAGUUACGUGUAUUCGCUAUCCUAGCUGGUGUUGUAAACUACCCUCGUUCUCUAGGUAAGAAUAUACGGCCACGACUGUUGUGACUUUCUUUAAUCCUCCCGCGAGGUCUGGACAGGCGUCAAGAGAUGCAGUAUGGAGUGUCACUGAUCUGCAUCAUUACUGUAGCCAUUGCAAUGGCGUUAAAAUGGGUCUAUCGGGGCGAUGAAGGUAUGACAGUCGACAAAUCGCAACCUUAAACGAACAGUGAACAUUGACAUGUAUUCGUUGCUCUUGUAUUAUACUUGGCAGGCAAAUAAAGCACAACUCUAAUGUUGUGGUAACGUUAUAGAUUUCAGUUUCAGAUAGCAAUAAUGAUCAAGUAUUCCCACGUAGGCUUAGUGUGUGCAUUUGUCUGUUAACGCUGUACAGUUUAUUUAUAUCAACAUUGCAUAUGUUAUCUACUAUAAGAAGUCUAAUUUCAGAUUAGUGUUAUCACCCAGCGGACAUGUUCCGUGUCGUACCGUAAACGAAUGACGAAGUGCACCAUGUUGGUGACGUUUCUGAGGACCCCGUAGUGGAGUUUAGAGAAGCGUUGCUAGCGAGCUGCCUUCUGCAAAUGUUGAGUGUCUCAAUGCCAAAAUAUACGUAAACAUAAGCCUAUCACGACAACAUUUGGAAUGUGGGCUUCGUAAGUGAGCAGCUAUGGGCAGUGCAUAUUUCGAGAAUGGCCAGAUUAGGGUGUUUUGUUCGUAACGGGAUUUUUCUUUAGCUAGCCAGUUAGCAAGUGUUUGCCUGCUAGUGUUGAUGCAAUGAAUUGCAAGAAUCAGUAGUGGGGAUUUGUUCUACUUGGUCGCUUUAGUCGUGGAAUAACAAUUGCAGAUUCAAGAGAAUUGUGGAACCGUGUGAAAUAUCAUGCUGGUGAAUCCAACGCGGGGAUUUCUGUGGUCGGAUGCGGAGACAAGAGCAUUGCUAACUAUUUGGGGGGAGCAGGACGUGCAGACUGCAUUGGAUGGCAACUUCAGAAACAGUCAUGUUUACCGAGAUGUAGCCAGCCGCCUGGGAGACAUGGGCUACGACAGGACACCUGAUCAGUGCAGGAUACGCGUGAAGAGCCUGAAAAGGCAAUAUUAUCAGGCGAAAGAUGCUUUCACGAAAAACAACGGACAGUAUCGUAAACUCUGCAAGUUCUUCGAGGAGAUGGAGCGGAUAUUAAGUAAUCGUCCAACAGUGGACCCACAGGAAAUGAUUGACAGUGUUGCCGUUGGAGACGAGAUGAUGGAUGGCACAGAGGAGGAGGGUGAGGGGACGGAACAGUCGUCGGAUUCCUACAUGCCAAGCGCUACUGAUUAUGCAGAGCAUCCCGUGAAAAUUGAGUACCCGUCCUACACCAUACCUGUGACAGUGGGAAGUGUUCCAGUUAAACCCAUCAACGCACAGACCAGAACCACCCCGUCCACGUCCUCAUGUCGGCCCUCUCGGCGGGGCAGGAAGCGCGUGGCCAGCCUGCCCCUGGACAAGCUGCUGGAACGCUUCCUGGAGCAGAGCGCCGAUGCUGAGGAGAACUUCUACAAGAUGGAGGAGCAGCGGCUGCACCAGGACGAGCGCCGGCGCGAGGCCGAACAUGCCCGCGAGCUGCACAUGCUCCACGUGCUCGGGCAGAUAUUUGGUGGUAUCGCCGACAGCAGCGGAGGCAGCAGAGGUGGUACGGCAGCGGCGGCGGCCAACGUCUCUGCCACACCCAUGCAGUCUGCACCCUCCCCUACGCCCAUGUCUGUUCACGUCGCCCCCGCCUCGUCCUCGUGGUCCCGAAUUCGCUCCCAGCACUCACGGCAGCAGCGCCAGCACGGCACGGUGUCCCCACUCAGGCACCACCUCCCAGACCACGGCCUGGAGACUGUCCCAGUCAUAGAACGUUCCUUUUCCCUGGGAAGUUCUGCGCACAGCAUGGAGAACACCCUUCAGUUGGUGAAGAACAUAAUCCCUCCUCUGACAUCCAAAAAGCACAAGGGCCAAGAUGGACGCAUUGGCAUCAUAGGAGGCUGUCAGGAGUACACGGGCGCACCUUACUUUGCAGCCAUCGCCGCAUUAAAAGUAGGAGCCGACCUUUCUCAUGUGUUCUGCACCAAAGACGCUGCCACCGUCAUCAAGUCCUAUAGCCCCGAGCUCAUAGUCCACCCAGUGCUGGAUAGCCCAAACGCAGUGGAGGAGAUUGAGAAGUGGCUGCCACGGCUACACGCCCUAGUGGUGGGGCCAGGGCUUGGCAGAGAGGACCUCUUGCUGAAGACGGCAAAGGAUGUCAUUGAGAAGUCCAAGGCCAGGGACAUUCCCAUAAUCAUCGACGCAGAUGGACUUUGGUUGGUGGCCAAGCAGCCGUCUGUCAUCCAAGGCUAUAAGAAAGGAAUCCUCACUCCCAACUUCAUGGAAUUUAGCCGACUCUACGAGGCCUUGCACCAGGAGCCUCUGGACAGCACCGACCAUCACCGGAAUGCCCAGCAGCUCAGCAUCGCCAUGGGCAACCUCACUGUGGUGCUGAAGGGGGAGGAGGACCUCAUCACCGACGGCAACAUGGUGCUGACGUGCACACAGGAGGGGAGCGGCCGGCGCUGUGGGGGGCAGGGGGACCUCCUCUCGGGCUCCCUGGGGGCCUUCGCCCACUGGGCCUUCAGCGCCUCAGACGCCACUAAGAAGUGUUCAAGUGUGAACCCGUCUCUGGUGGCCGCGUUUGGCGCCGCCUCCCUGACCAGGCAGUGCAACCGGCAGGCUUUCCACAAACACGGGCGCUCCACCACCACAACCGACAUGAUCCAGGAGAUCAGCACCGCCUUCAAGAAGCUGUUUGAGAGCUGAGACACGCACGCUAGGGUUCACGGCCCCUUGUCAACAAAUAAAUAAACAAACAAACAAACAAACAUUGUGGAGUACCAGCCCACUGUUUGCUAAGUAUUUGACUCUAAGCAAAGAAACCUGAUGUUCUGCAUUCACAAGACAACUGGUUUUGUCCCAAGCACACUCUUGUCUAUGUGCACUACUUUUUAUCCGUCUCUUCGUCAACUGUGAAGGGACAAAGAUAAUUUGUGCCACUUGGUGGUACGUUUCUGUAAACUGUCAAGUAGUUUGUACCUUCACCGACAGUGGAAUAUUUUACAUCUGAGGUAAAGGUAGGACUGUCUUAGUUCUCCAUUGUGGCAGCUGUGGAAAGCAGUUUUCUGUUGUGAUCCUUUUGUCAUUUUGACAUACACUGGGCUGAAUGACACACUGGGUUAGUUUGUUCUUUUGAACUCAAAAGUGCCUCUUAUCUUCAGACCAUUGUGUAUCAGCAGUCCGUGUGUUUGCACUUUUAGUUUGAAUAAGCUUGUAGUCCUUCAAGGGACCUCUGAACGGUUGUGUUAAGUUUUCAUCUCCAUUUUCCGACCACUUAAGAACAACUGCUGUCUGACAGCUGCCUCAGACCAGAAAAUGGAGAUAAAUCCACACCCUUGUAAUUCACAUCACUAAAGCUCCUGUCAAGAACACUUCUCUUGGAGUUCUUGAGGACAAGAUGGAUGUAGUAGUUAGAAAUGUAGUGUUUUAAAGAUGUAGAUGGGUGAUGUAAGGAAUCAUUAGUGUUUGCAGUGUUCAGGGACUUGGCUGUGUACCAGUUCCCCUGGGACUGAUCUGUCUUCCAUGUAAUUGAAUAGUAGCACACUAGCCACAAGUCAACAUAGCCCAUUCCUUUCUCUAGUCCUCUCUUGUCUCUUUGACAAUCACUUUCUCAAACCGAAAUCCAGCAUAUAUGUGCUUGGUGUUCCCCCGCCUAAAAGACAAUAAAAUGAAAACUGCAGACCUUUUUAAAUGAA